CAUUUUGGCACGUUGCGGCGGGUUUACUUUUUUGGGUUUUCCCGAAAUCCUUGCGCAUCCCGCAGAAUUCCUCUUUUUGUGGAUAAAUAUCACUGAAUCUUAUCGUUGCAUGAAUUGAGAUGUUGUUUGCGAUCCACUAAGCCGAUUAGCCUGCACCUUAUAUGACGCCGCCGCUGAGUCAUCACUCAUUUCACCGAUACAAUUUUAUGGCCAGUCUCGGGCAGAAAUCAUAAAGCGAUAGAUUAUAGUGCAUCCCAUCCAUCCUCAGGCGCUUUUUCAUCCAAGCUCGCCCAGAGACGUGAGUGUUUCCGGACGUUUUAUCCUGCUUUUAGAUCGACAAUUGUGGAUUUAAUCUCUUGGAUGCUUGCGCCUGGAUCUUGUGCUGAAAAGACGAGCUAACCAAACUGCAGAUGAUUCCCUUCAUAAUUCGCUCGCAAUGCCUGAUCAUCGCUGUCAUCAUCCUGCCGCUGACCAUCUCCCCCGCCAUCCCGGACAUCCCCGCACCCCUCCCGAAAUCUCGCCAACUGCGCGACGCUCCCACCACCCCCAGCAGCAGCACCGCCCCGCCCCCGCCCGUGGUGGAAAUUAACGGCACGGUGCACGUUAGUGGGAUCCGCGUGGAAUCCGACAACGCCAAGGGCUUCGAGCACGGCGUGGUCAAGGUGGUGGCCGACGAGGAGACGGCCAUCCGGCUGUUCGGCAGCGGCUUUAUCAACUCCACCUCGGUCAAGUUCACCUCGCAUAGGGGACUGCGCGGGGAGGAUUGUGUGCGGUAUCCCACCGGGGAUGUCUUUGAGCUGCGACGGGAUGCGCCGGAUGCGGAGACGGAUGAUGUGGCCAGUGCGACGGUGGUGCUGAAUGAGGGCCAUGAAAAACCCUGGAUCUACUACAUGUGCGUGAAGCAUCCCACGGAGAACAGGUGGCUGCACCAGGGCGCCGGCUCCGCCGUCCAACUGCAGGCGAUUCCUAAAUACUGGAUACCGCUGUGGAUCCAGAUCCUCAUCAUCAUCGUGCUGCAGUGUUUAUCCGGCCUGUUCUCUGGCCUCAAUCUGGGCCUCUUGUCACUCGAUCCCACCGAGCUGCAGAUUGUGGCCAGUGUCGGGGCACCGCAGGAGAAGAAGUAUGCCAAGAAUAUCAUUCCGCUGCGGAAUAAAGGCAACUUUCUCCUCUGCUCCCUGGUUAUCGGCAAUGUGUUGGUCAAUAGUACGCUGACCAUUUUCCUGGAUGAUCUAACGUCGGGAUUGUAUGCGGUUAUUUUCUCCACGGUGGGGAUUGUGUUGUUUGGUGAGAUUGUACCGCAAGCGCUGUGCAAUCGGUUUGGAUUGGCGAUUGGAUCGGCAACUCGAUGGAUAACAUGGGUCGUGAUGGGCAUUACGGGUGUUAUUUCCUGGCCGUUGAGUAAAUUACUGGACGUCCUCCUGGGUCGGGAAAUCGGCACGGUAUACGAUCGUGAACGUCUGGUGGAGCUGAUCAAUGUCACUAAGGAGCAUAAUCUGUUGGAAAACGACGAAGUCAACAUCAUUUCGGGAACGUUAGCGUUGAAGAGGAAGACGGUGGCUGAAAUUAUGACGGCGAUUGAUGAAGUUUAUAUGUUGCCGUACGACGCUGUACUGGAUUUUGAUACAUUAGCAGAAAUUACUCGCGAAGGCUACACCAGAAUUCCCAUUUACGAAACGAAGCGGGAUAAUAUUGUCGGUCUGCUCAACAUCAAGGAUAUGGCGCUACUGGAUCCGGAUGACUGUACUUCCGUCAAGACAUUGUGCAAAUAUUACGGCUAUGAGCUGCGCUUCGUGUUCGAAGAUACCACUCUCGAUGUCAUGCUGCAGGAUUUCAAACAGGGUCACUCGCACAUGGCCUUCGUUCAGAAGAUCUCCAACCCCGAAGGUGGUGACCCAGUGUACGAGACCCUCGGCGUGGUCACCCUGGAGGACAUCAUCGAAGAAAUGAUCCAAUCCGAGAUUCUCGACGAGUCCGACCGAGAUGCCCGCGGGAAGAAGAACCUGAAAAAGGACUUCACCGUCUUCCAGGCGCGUCCCAUGUACACCUCUCUCAUCACACCGCAACUGCAGCACGCCUCCUUCCAGUUCCUCAGCACCUCGGUGGACCGGUUCAGUGAGACGUUGAUCAGUGAACACAUUUUGCGUCGGCUGAUCCGCCACCCGGAAGUGGCCCGCAUGAUCAAGAAGAAGCCCAACGAGGUGACGCCGACGUUUGUCUACAAAAAGGGCCGGCCGGCGGAUUUCUUUGUGUUGGUGCUGGAGGGUCGCGUGGAAGUGCAGAUUGGCAAUGAGGAUCUUGUGUUCGAGAGUGGACCGUUUACGUACUUUGGCAAGACGGCGUUGGGCGGCGAGUUGGGUUUGAAGCCGGAGGAAAUUGCGCAAUUAGUGAAAGCGCCGUUUCCGGCGUUGGCCACCGGGAAAGCCAGCUUGCCGGGGGCGCGGAUCAGUUUGGACAAGUCGAAGAUGACUGGCACCUUUACUCCCGAUUUCACCGUAUACGCCACAUCCGACGUGCUAUUUUUGCGUAUCAAACUGGCCCACUACAUCGCGGCCUUGCGCGCCACCGCCCUGGAACGACAACACCGCCCCUCCGGCCUGAUCCCGUCCAGUCCCUCCGCGCAGAACAUGCCCACGGAGAUCGACACCUUCGGGCAGGAGAUGGAGCGCGUCCGGACGGACGACCUGAACACCACGGAAUUCCUGCCGGCCGUCACCGCUACCACUCCGACCGGCGUGGCCGCUGAUCCCAACGGGUCCGCGGUCUUCAUUAAGAUGUCGGCGCCGCCCAGUGCGGAUAAUCUGCUGCGCACGCCCAAAGGUGAACGGGCGCACCGGUCGCGCUCGCGUUCCUCCUCACCGUCGAGGCGGGACGAUGAACGGGAUCAGCUGCUGCCGCCGGCGGGAGCACCGAAGGAAGAGAGACAACGAUCGCCGAGGAAAUCUCCCGAACGAAAAUAAAUUGACGUGAUGCUAUGUUUCCUGUUUUCCACUGUAUUUUGUAUUAUUGGUGAUAUUUAUUUUGUUAUAUUGCUUUGUUUUAUAAUAGUUUCGAUGCAUGUUUUUAAUGAGUAUUAAUGUUUCUUAUUCGCGUGAUUAUUCUGUCACUUUUGUGAUUGUGGUUCUCUUCCAGAUAUGUAUUAAUCAGAUGUUAUUGCCUUAUUGGUAGAUUAUUUCACGUUAGUAACCAGUACAGUGCUGUAAAUAAAUCUGAAAAUUUGCAGUUGGUUGCGGGGCCGCGACUUGGGACCGCCUUUAAUUGCGAGAGGCGGUCAGUGUGCCAAAAGAAUAACAACCAUAAUAAAUUUAUGAAUGAAGA